CAUUGUUUCGUUAUUGUGUCGUUAAUCGCAGCUAAGACUUUCUUCUGUGCCUUUGUUUUCAGUAUUUUUCUUCUUAAGUUUGCUUUAUUAUAAAGGAUUUUUCUACAAAAUGUCUGAAAGCGAAACCAGUGGUUGCGAAGAGUAUUUCGAUUUGAUGACAAGUGACUCUGAAAUUGAGUCUGAUGUACGUAGUCUUAGAGAAAACGACUAUGAACCUGAGGUUGAUAUAGCUUUACUAACUCUCUCCCACCCGGCUGCCGCUUCUGACAAUGAUUUCGAAAUGGAGAAUUUAGAUCGGAUGACAGGUGACUCUGAAUAUGAAUCCGAUCUAAGUAUUUUUGGAGAUGAAUACUAUGAAUCUGAAGAUGACUUGGAUUCUGCAAGUCAAUACUCCCUCUCCAGUUCUGAUGAUGAAGACUAUGAACCUGAACAUGAUGUAGUCACUCCUUCCACCUCGGCUGCACAUUAUGACAGUGAUGAUGAAAUGGAAGAUCGGGACUACCGGGAAGUUUUUUCACCAGAAGAACCUCAACCUUUUCCUUUUUCUUUUCGUGAGGUACCUGGCCCAAAACAUAUGCCGCCUCCCGAUUCUCCUCCGAUCGUUUAUUUCUAUCUGUUUUUCACCAGUACUUUGCUGUCUCUUAUGGUGGAGGAAACCAAUCGAUAUGCGCAGCAAGUGUUAAAUGGCAUGGGGAAUAACGUACCGUCUUAUUUGAAGAACUGGACCAAAGUCUCUGUUCCAGAGAUGAAAGGGUUUUUGGCGUGUAUUUUAAAUGUAGGUCGCAAAGAAUCAUCAGAUCCAGCUAGAUACUGGUGCACUUCUCCCAUCCAAUCUGAUUCGUGGUUUCGGGAAAUGUUAUCUAAACAGCGUUUUUGUCAAUUGGUAAGUUUUUUCCAUGUCGUCGAUGAGAGUAAGUUGCCUGGGCGUGGAGAAUCUGGUUAUGAUCCGUGUGCCAAAUUCCAGCCUCUUUUGAAUCAUUUGAACAGAGUCUCUCAACACCAUUACACUCCUCAUCAGGAAAUAUCCAUUGACGAAAUCUAUCUGGGUUUCAAAUUCUGGAUGAUGAUCGACUCAGUAUCUAGCUACUGCUUGGGAUUUUUCCAUUUUGAACGGGCCGAGUCUCAGCAGGAGGAUCACAGCAUCUCAGAAUUAGGUUUAGGCUGUACUGUUGUGCAAAAACUGUUCGAGAUUGGUAUUUACCUGAACAAAGGGUACCAUUUCUUUAUCGACAGAUGUUUCAUGUCGGUUCCCCUUGUUCAACGUCUGUAUUCUCUACAGACUUAUGUCACUGGAACUGUUCGGGGGAACCAGAAAAUGCUACCCAAACAGUUCAAGAAGAACUUUGCAACCGGAGAAACAUUAUAUUUCCGUUCUGGUCCCGUGUUAGCCUGCGGCAUUAAAGAGAAGCAGUCACAAAAGAACCCUAUCUUUAUAUUAUCCAGCCACGCAUGGGCACGAGAUGUAGAAGUAAUUAGAAAUGGAAAGGCUAAAAUAAAGCCAGAAAUAAUUCAAAAUUAUAACAAAUAUAUGAGCGGGGUCGAUAUAUCCGAUAUGGUGUUAUAUGUAUGUUUUGAUAAAAGUAGGUCAACGAAGUAUUGGAAGAAUUUAGCUUUCAACGUCAUAGCGAGGAUGGCGUUGAAUAGCUACAUGCUUUACAAAGAGAAUUUUGCGGGACGAGGGAGAGUGAAAUCUCGAGACGCGUAUCACGUGGCCGUAAUCGAGAGCUUGGCGGAGGAGUGGAUGGCCACCAAGUUGACUACAAACAACUCUCACGAACCAGAGGCUGGAGAAACUUCCGCGAAGAAGGAAAGCCCGUAGCUGUGUGUGCAUCAGUAGUAGCUUAAGGAGGCGGUCACGAACUGUUUGCACAAAUUGUAAGGAUAAGCUACAUGAAAAACGUUUCUGGAAGCGUAAAUGCUAACAACAAAGGGAUCUGCACAGUUUAAUAUAAUUCUGUAUUAAAGAGCUAUAAAUGCAUAAAUUUUACAACAAAUUGUACAAAACGAUAUUUGUUUACGUACAGAUUUGGCCCUUGACGAUUUGAUUUUGUAUUUUUUAUGUAUUUUGAAAUAUAAUUCUAUAGUGAUAUUGAUUGACAUACAUUUGACGUCAUCACAGUCGGCAAACAGAGAUGAAUGUAAAAAAAAUUGGAUGCAAGCGGAAAU